AUGGCGACUUAGCAGCCGCGAGUUUGUUUACGAUGGACCUGAAAUUAUUGCUGCAUCUUUGCGAUAUUUCUGGAAGAGAUCAGGGAACUCCUGUCGUCUAAAGAAUAUUUUAUCUCACUUUUGUAAGAAUUUUACCAUUGUUUGUGGAUAGAAAGAUGAGAAACGGCUGCUUGCGUUUAAAGAAGAGUGCCAUUCCAGUUUGGAAUUUGCGUUCUGGAUAACUUGCAACGAAGUUGUCAUGGAAAUUGUCUCGGAAGGAAGGUUAGUUGUCAUUAUUCUUUCUUUCAGUUAAGUUGUCUUUUCUGAUGUGUGAUUUGCUUAAAAAAAAAAAGUAGUUAUAAUAUAACACUGACAAGUAUGUUUUAACUGGUUCAAGAUUUAACCAUGUAUGCAUCUCAUUUCAUUGUUCAUUGUUUUCUCUUUAUUUUCAAGUUUGGAGUCUAUAAGUAGACCUGCAAGUUGUGAUACUACAAGAUCUAGAGAUCAAAACUUACCUCAAGUAAGUUUCCAAUGAGGCCUUUCCAUUCUAACAAACUCUAAAUUCGAAAUACUAUAAAUACAUUGUUAUUUUGUAACAUUUAGUUAGUGAUCAUUUCCUUUAUUCUCGUGACCUUAAUGUUUGAUUCCGGGGUGAUAUUGUAAGGAGAAAAUAGAAGCUGGCAACUUCAAGGGGUUAAACAGUUAACAAACUAAGAGAGGUGGCAAAGAAUGCUCAGCUUCUUCCUUGCCCUCUGGAUAUAAGUUUGGGGAAAGGAGGAGAACCAACAACAAACUCACCCCAAAUGUGAUGCCAGAUCCAAGAAUCGAACCUGGGCCUGACAGUGGUGGGAUGCAAGUGCUUUCACCACUGUGCCAUCCCUGCUUCCCUUGUUGCAUUGUAGAGUGAAAUGCCAAGGUCCGGGGUUUGAUUCCUUUUGGUGGACCUUAGUUGUUUUCCUUGUCCCACCCUUGUGACUGGUGUGAUAACAUAUUUUGGUUUAUCAAAACCCAUGCAUUUAUAUAUUACAACUGAAGAUGAACUUUAAGCCAGUGUCAAAGAAGAAUUGACCAGUCAUUUUUUCCCAACCAGAUUUUCACAUUUUAUGACAGAUAAUUUUUCCUGUUGAAUUUACCAAUUGACUGGAAUUCCCAUAUAUUAACCAUUCAUUGUUUUUCUACAUUGUAAUAGAAACAUGGUCAAAUGAGAGGCUUUCUAGAAGAGCUCCCUCCUGAAGGUAAGCUUGGAAGAAACUUCAUGUCAUUUUGAGAUAGAACUUUCAUUUAUUUCUUAUAUGCAGACCUUAAAAAUUCAUUUUAAUCAAUUACCAGAGUGUCCACAUUACUCUGGAUUAUUUUUUCCAAGUAUGCCUUUGCUACUCACUUGAUAAUAGUUAUUAUCUUUCACAAUACAUAAUAGUAAACAGUUUUCAAUAUGUUGCUUUCAGCUGUCACAAACACCUUAGAUGAAGAUGUUGAUCAUCUUGACUCUGAGGAAGACUCAGUAAGUUUCAUUAAUUUUAUAACUCUUUUAACAAGGUUUGUGUAAAGAAUUGUAGCAGAGGGAGAAUGCUGUUACACCUGUAGGUUAAACAGGAGAAUAUUCUCUACAUCUGAAUAAAAUCUUGUUCAGGCUAUUGACAAAUAGCCAGCAAAUUCUGGGUAAGAACCUAACAAUUCUUGCUCUGAGCACUCUGUUCAAGAGAUCAACUUGUGAACAGGUUCCUGAAAAGUAAUUUUUUUAAUGUUUUAACUUAUCAUCAAGAACAUCAAAAAACAUUAAAAUUUGUUUGCAUGGAAGAAUUGUUGUUCUUAAUACUCCUGCAGAUCAUAUCUCCUGUUGAAAAUGAUGUUAUUUUAGAAGACGUCCCAGAAAGAACUGCUACAGCAAACAGCAGUGUAGAAGAGGAAGUGGUAGAUGAUCAGGAAGAUGAUCAAUCAGGUAAAUCUGUCAAUUAACCCUGUAACUCCCAGAUCAAAUUUGUCAUUGUCCUUAUUGUCAACCAUACAGUUCUUACAAUUUUAGUUCAGAGAAUUUAGUAUUGGAUCAACUAAUUAUCACCAAUUUGAUAUUUUUCUCUAUUCUCAUCAUUUAUCUGGUUGAUAUUGUAUUGAUAUUUUAAGGAGAAAUUCUGUCUUCGUCACUCACGGGGGCUAACCCUUUAACUCCCAGAUCAAAUUUGAAAUUCUCCUUACAGUCAACCAUUCAAUUCUUAUAGUGUUAGUUUAGAGAAUUUAGUAUUGGAUCAACUAAUUAUCCCCAAAUUGAUAUUUUUCUUUGUUCUCAUCACUUAUCUGGUUGACAUUGUAUUGAUACUGUAUGGAGAAAUUGUCUUGGUUACUCAUGGGAGUUAAAGGGUAAAAGGGCUAAGAGAUCCAAAAGUUUAUUCUCCAAAAUGAUCCUCAUGCAUUUCUUUAUUGGUUAUUUGUAUCCGCAAGUUGAUAGGUUGCUUAAUUCUCUCUACUUGCCUGCUUGCUAGUGAAUUAAAAUUUGAGGAAGAAUUUUCCGUAAGAUCUGCCCUGUUUAAAUGGAAAGUGGGUAAUUGUGGUAUCCAGAAUCUUCUGCUGUGUCCAGCCUGCCCCCCUGCUCCCAUGGCAGUGGAACCAGAGGAACUGAGAUAGAGUUGGAUGGAAGGACAUUGUGGUCUAUUUGCACAAUACAUAACUUCAUUAUUUACUUUCAGUUGUUCCUUUAUUUAUAUAUUCAUAAAAACAGAGGAGAGUGCAUCAGAGAGGAGUGGUCACGUAGUCAAACAGGGCGUGUCCCAAGAUGAGGAGGAUUUUGAAGCAAAUCUGGAUCCAAAAGUUAGAAAAGGACUUGAGAGGAUAAGGAAACUGGAUGCAAUUCUUGCUGAUAAACUGAAGGUGAGUCUUUGAUUUUUGCCAUAUACCUGUACUUAAUUUUUAUUUGUCUUCUUUGCUCUUGCCUACUUCUUGCUUUGUUUCAAAAAAAGGAACGUGACAAUUUGGAAAGAAAAUACCGCAGUCUUAGUGUUCCAAGCUCAAUUUGUUUUCAAAGUCGCCAUUAGAUCUAAAAUUUAAAAUGAUUACCAGAAAAAGAUUUUUGUUGUACAAAAGUUUUUCAAAAGAGAUUGCAUCUAAAAGAAACAUCUGUGACAGUUUUGAAAAUGUCCUCGUCACUUUGACUUCAGACCAUAAAAACUAAAUUAUAAGAAUGUUACAACUUGGUAAUCAUGACCACCGAACACAGGUCACCAAAUUGGUGAUUUACACUGCAAGUUUAGUUGGGAAAAUUUUCCCAGAAUCCAUAGCGACCAAAAACCGUCAACGCUUGGUAUGUCUGUUACAAGUCUCUUACAGCUUUUUUCCAUGUUUACUGGUACCCACUCCUACUCCUGCUGGAAAGAAGCCUUUCAAGAGUUUUGCAAAGACCUGCUCAGAGCUAAAACCCUGGUUGGGUUCUUAUCAUUCCCUGACGGUGCCGUAGAUCGGCGAAUGCUUGGGAAUUAAAAAAAAUGCAGUAGCUCAUGGCCUCGAUUGAAUCGUCAUUUUAAUCUUUUAAUCAGAAUUCCGCUGAAGGACAACUUCAAACGUUUACUGGGGUCAAUGAAUUUGACAGUUAUGCCGCUGUUUCUUCCCUUUACUUCAAAAAGAAGUGUUGUCAACCUUACUAAGCUUUCUUAAAAACAUUCACAGAAAGAAAAAGAGGUCAAGAUUCAUAGAAGACAACUGGAAAAGAAGUGGAGAGAGGAGUUAAAUCAACUGGACCAACAACGAGAACAAGAAGGUCAUGGUAAAAUUGACUUGGGUGUCAGCCAUGCACUGGCCCUCGGUCCGCCCACUGAUGACUACAUCCCAGGUAACAGUUAUGAAUAAUCGUUUACUAAAACAACAGAGGUAGUGUUCGCAGGCAUGAACUUGUUUUGGGCCGGACUGACUUGUUUGAGCAACGGUAUCUGGCGAGUGGUCUGCGAGAGGUCUAGUACCUAUAAUUAGUACCAGACCCCUAGUAAACUUAUCUCCGACUUGUCCUUUCCCUUCUCGCGGGUGGAGAAACUCGUGGCUUGAGCUAUCGAAUAGAUGUCUUAUCAAUGUUUAAAAACUGUUAUUGUGACUUGAGAAUCUUUCUCAUUGAGGUUUCUGAUCCUGAAAAGUUUACAGGAUGUUUAUUACAUAAGAGCCUGGUUUUAGUUAUCACUAACUCUGUAUUUAUUCAAAGCAGAUGAAGAGGAGCCACCUCUUACACCGUUGUUUGCCACACAACCUCUCGCUGAUGAACGAAAGCACAGCUCUUCUCCCUCUGACAGAGGUAGGCCAGCAAUUUUUUGUCUUUUUCUUAAGUGCUUCUUUGUUUAGGUCGGAGAGUAAUUUGGCAGCGAUAUGCUGACGGAAAGCUACGAAGACUCGGACAAAGACCAGACCACACUUCUAAGAACCUUUGCCUUAGUCUUUGCAAUAAGCGAAAUUCUUCGCUCUAUAAUUGGUUCAGAAAACUCACGCCAUUUUCCCAACUAAUCAGAUUCAAAAGUAAUACCAAUCGCGACUUGGUCACUUGCGUUUUCCCGCGCUUCAGGCAGUUGGCUUGAUUUUACUGAAAAUUCUCAUUGGCUGUUUGGGAUAUCUUCCUUCGCUCUGAUUGGUUCUUGUGAUUACUUUGGUUUUCCUUUUGCGACACACAAUCGGAAUGCGCUCUAGUGAAGUCGUUGCCAAAGAGUAAGCGUGUGCGUUUCCCUUUGCAGGUGUUACCUCCAGCUGUGAUUCAUGGACAGAACAAGAUAUUGACGAUGUAGAAAACAAAGGCUCCAAAAGAACGCCCAAGAGGAGAGGGAGCAAACAAUCUUCCAAAACUAAAAGAAAAGAACAGAACUUUGUCAAGCGAAACAUCGAGGUAUAAUGUGAUUUACAUAUUUCGUUUUAUUUUUGUUUCUAAAAUAGUUAUUCUCCCGACCGAUUGUUUUGAAUUUCCUGUAAUGAGGUGUAAGAAUUUAACACUACAUCAGCUCAGCUAAGUAUAUAUUACGUAACUUUGUUUCAGUUGGCUGCUGAUGCUGGGAAUCUGAUCCCCAUGACAGAAGCGGAGAAAAAACGUUUAGAUGAACUACUCUCGGAUGAAACAGAUCUUCUAAUGGUGGAGGUUUGCCUCAAGCAAUUUUCUGUAUAAUGUCACAAGUAAUUUAGCCUUUUCCCAGUGUUACUUCACUGCGCUCUGUGAUUGGGAUAGGAAACUCUCGCCGUCGUCCUCUUAACCAAUGAGAUACAAGAUUUAAACCAACUGCGACUUGGGCACCCACGUUUUCCCGCGCUUCAGGGAGCUUCCUUUUUUUAGUUUAAAUGCUCAAUGGCUUUUUGUAUUAUUUACCUUUGUCCUGAUUUUGCGUUGUGAUUACACUUUGUUUUGCUUUUUCGACGCUUUAUAAUCAAACGCGCUCUAAAAAAUUUGUUUCAUUCGCUUUGGUCCACAAGUCUCGCGCUAUGCUUUUAACGAAUUAAAUGCCACACUGCAAACAGCCAUGACUUGGUCAUUUUCCCGCGCUUUAGCUCUUAAGGCCGGUCACGUGGAUUUAUCUUGAGUUUUCAUUGGCUCCUUUUGCACGUAUGUUCUUAUUGGUCGUUGCAAUUACUCUAGUAUUGUUCAACAACACUUGGUUAAAAUGUGCUUUAAAAUGUUUUCUUUCAUGACUUUCUGUAUUUCGUCAAACAGAAUGCGUACUCAGAAGGACUUUCACUAACAGCAGGUGAAGGUUUUACCCUGGAUUGUGAGUCAAAAGCUUCACUCGCCGAAAUAGACAGGUUAGAACUUCCACAGAUCCUUUGCCCUGCACAGCUAGCGGUUUUGAUGGGCAUUUUGAAGCGAUGAACAGGGAAGUCAGAGAUUACGAGCAGUCCUUCCUUUCCGGCAAAGUCCGUCGCGUGAGUUAACCAGCAAAAAAAAAAGAAAAUCAGCGUAGAAAAAUCCAUGUUAACUCACCGCGCCGAACUUUUCUUGCGACUAACUCCCAGAGUUCCACGUGACGCGCUAUCAUUAAUUUUAUUUUCACUGAUUUUUUUUUUUCUCGCGCGACGGACUUCGCCCUAAAAGAGGGACUGCUUUUAGUCUUUUAGCCGCGAGUCACAAGGAAAGCCAUCGAACGGCCAAAAAAACAAAAAAAAACGGUCAACUACGUAGCUUACACAUUCACUCCUUGAAAAUUUUUGUUGGUGCUUUUAACCCUUAACCCUUACGAUUUGAUUGGGUAAUUCUCCCCUGUAGCUGCUACACAUUUCCUUGUAAAUUAGUUUUGAGAAUGUGGUGUUAGAUCAAGAUAACAACUUGUACCUGAUAAGUUUAAAUAUCCUCAUUAGCUAUUUGCUGGAUAGUGUAAGAAUAUUAUAGGGAGAAGUUUGACAUUGAUCACUUCUGGGAGUUAAAGGCUGAAAGCUCGAGAAGUAGUUCUGACAACGGUGCGUUGUUCGGUGUCGGAGUUCUCUUUAGCACAGUGGUAGAACAUCAGACUGAGAAACCUUGAAGUUUGCGGAUCGAUAGCUUGUUCAAGGCAUUCAUUAAGUGAAACGGAGCAAAAUAGGAAAGUGCGUGAUAGUAACGGUGGAGUGAAAAAGCGACUUAAAACUCCUCCGUUUUUUUAAAUCCUCCGCUGUAAUCACCGCAGUUUACAAUCGCACCUUGUUGUACUUACUGAACGCCUGGAACAGCUUAGAGGUUUGAAUGUACGUGGGAUACUCAAAGUUUUUCUUUGCGUCACGCUCGGUACAAAUCAAUAACGUCUAUCCCUAAUUAACUUCGCUUUUUACUUGUCGAAAAGCUGUUACUUAUUCUAGUUAACUACACCUUUUCUCCUGAUUCUCCAGUAAACUUCAGGAACUUGUACCUCAAGAAGAAAUCGACUUAUUAGCAAACCAAGAGAAUUGGGAGCCUCACAAACAGCUGGAUCAUACACCACAGACAGUGAGAAGUUUUAUUUGUUUGUUUGUUUUUUGGGUUACGGACUGUUCAUCCUGAAAAAUCUAACUAAAAGUUUUAAACUUCCAAAAUUCUCAAUCCUUGUCGGUAUCUUCCUCCCUUAAUAAAGAGAGUAGGUUUCUAAAGAAACUGUGGUGCUACGUCGGUGGGAGAGUACGACAGGGUAUUAUCAACUGAGUUGAUAACGUAAAUUGGCGACCGUAAAGGUUUCUAAGCUGACGUUUCGAGCGUUAGCCCUUGGUUACCGCUUCGCUCUGAUAAAGGGCUAGCGUUUGAAAUGUCAGCUUUAGAAACGACUUACGGUGACCAAUUUACAUUAUCAAUUCUGUAGACAAAACCGAAUUAUCUAUCAUCCUUAGUCGUCUAUGUCCCUUCUUGUUUUUAUUACUGUUUCUUAAAUGCUGCUCAAUCCUACUGCUCUUACGGAUACUUUGUACGACUUCUUCUGUUUUGUAGUUUUUUGAUACCAAAAUUUUCCACACUAAGAUUUUAAGGAGGAAGAUUUUUCCUAAAAAUAUAAGUGAUAUUUUCUGCUUUUUGAGUACUAAUAUUAUUUUUUACUGACUCCCAGGACAGUUCAAGUGAGAUAAGUACAGACACCAUUGGUAAGUAUGUUUCCCUUGUUUAUGAUAUAUAUUUCGUAUGAUUUUGAAAAGUGUCGACCCACAGGGAUCAUUUUCACUGAAUGUCGCGAAAUUAAAACUAGGGUAUUCACCUCGACAAAUCAGAAGAGAAGGAGAAAACAACCAGACCGUGUUGCCGCUUGACAGCUCGUAGUGCAACUAAGUAAACGUCUUAAGCGCGGGAAGAUGCAUGUGACCACAUCAUGAUUGGUUUUAUUUCAGCGUCUGAUUGGUUAAGAGGAUGGCAUGAGUUCUCUGGGCCAAUCAUUGAGCGAAGAAAGCGAAACCAAUAGAAUUCCGCUUUGCUUUCAACACUCGAUGAAAAAUUGUUCUUAUAGUGGUCUAUUCCUUUUACAAAACUGUUUUUUUAUUUUGUCGAGUAUUAAUUGAAAUUAUUUCUAUACUUCAGUUAUUUACAAAUUGUUAUUAUUUAGGACUGGGAGAAAGGAUUCUUAGAGAAGAAAAAGAAAUGAGGGACAUGAAAUCGAGACUGCUUGCUAUCGAAGCUGAGCUUCAGACUUUGUACCGAGAGACUGGUAAUGAAUCUGAGGUCAGUAAAAGUUACUGAAAAAUUUGAUUUGGACGGUUAAUCCUGGCGCAGUCCACUCCCCUAGAAAUAUAGAAAGCAUUUCGAUUGAUUUUCGUUGAUCCAGAAUCAAAGUCUGUAAUCACAUUGGUCAACCAGAAGAAAAGGAAAAUGUCACACGAAGCCAAUGAAAACUCAAAGUUAAUAUGUAACCGUUUUCAAGCGCGGGAAAACAUACGCUAUUAAGUCGUGAUUGGUUGAGAUUUUGGAUCUGUGUUUUUUCGACCAAUCACAUAGCUAAAGCGCGGGGAAACGCGGUAGACAAAGUCACGAGUGUUUUAAGUUUUGCAACUGAUUAGGUUAGAGAAUGGCGCAAUUUUUUUUGGUUUAAUCACAGAGACACGAGGCAAAACUGAUGUAAUCGCGAGUUCCUUUUGACAUGUACUUGAGAUAUGACCAGGGUUUUUAUAUUCGUAUUUCAGGCUGGUUUGUCCGAAGAGAUCCUGGCCAGGCUUAUUGAUGUAAGCUCACGAACAACUUCAAGAAGUACAACAGUGUCGGAAAGUGUCAUGUCGGCUCUUUCUUCCGCCAGACCAGGAGAGGAAAUGAUCCAAGAGGAAGAUGAAACCGCUAUGUUAGCGAUACUUGACGACGAGAAUUCCGAGAACGCGAGACCGGAUAGUGCACAAAGUACGCACCGAAGCACUUGCACACCAGGUAACGAAGAGCGCCGCGCUCAGAGUCAACAGAGUUCACAAAGAAAUGAUUCAAGUAAGCUGAAACGGCAUGGCAGGCGGUCACAACAGAGCGUGACUCUGGAAGAUGAUCAAGAUAUGCAGGGACAGAGCUUAAAUGAUUCUCUUGCUAGGGCUUCUAUGAGAGAAUCGAAUCCACGCGCUCAUUCACAGAACUCGAUUCUCUCAAGUGACAGCGGUGACCGACCGAAGAGCAGAACUUAAAGAACGCCUGAAGAGCUAUUAUACUAUUAUUUAUUUGCAAAAUGGUCGUUGCGAUCCAUAGAGAAAUCGUUUGUCUACAGGAAGUCUCUACCUUAGUGGAAUUUUCAACUGAAUUUCGAAGCAAUCGUAGAUUGUACUGGUUUUGUUCCACUUCGUACUGUGAUUGGCUUAGAAAACUCACGCCACUCUAUCAACCAAUCACAAACAAAAAUUAAACCAACGGCGACUUGGUCACGUGUGUUUUCUCUCUUUAGAGGACGGUCACAAGUUUGUAAUUCCAGUUCCUAUCGACUCCUUGUGAUCUUUUUUCAGCUAAAAGGAAUUAUUUUAUGUUUUUCCUUUGAGGCGUUGUGAUAAGUUUGUCUUUGAUUCAGAGAUCAUUUCUCCGUUGAAUUUUGCUUUACGUUGAUGGUGAGUUUGUCACGUGUGCUCAGUCGACAUUUCCGAGCAAUUGAUCGGAAACAAAUCGGAUUUAAAACCACCAUAACAAUAACUUCCAAAACUUCCUCGAGUGAGCAGGUUUUUACACGUACAUGAAGUAUAUAUAGUUGCGCUUAAUAUAUGCAUUCGUUUGAAGGUAUGCGAUUUAAUUACUGUCGAGUGUGAAACAGUUUCAGUCAUGACUUAUUGAAAAAAAGUUGUUUUUUGUACAUGCAUCCUAAAUAAAAGG